AUGAUACGUCCUCGUCUCUCAGUCUGCAGGCGCUGCCUCGCGCGCAGUAGGCUCUUCUCUACGACAACUCACCGGACUGAGCAAGUCAAAAAUCCCCCCCUCCCGCCAGAUGUCGGCUACGCUCGGCUCACAAAUCGCGGCCUCAUUUCCAUUACCGGAGUCGAUAGUUCAACCUUCCUCCAAGGUCUGAUCACCCAGAACAUGCUGGUCGCCAAUGACCCGAACAGGAGCAUCCGUCGUACAGGAUCAUACGCUGCAUUCCUCAAUUCCCAGGGCCGCGUGCUAAACGACGCUUUCAUUUACCCUCUGCCGAGCCCGGACGGCAAUGACAUCGAGGGGGAAUGGCUGGUCGAGGUGGAUAAGCGUGAAGUCCCAACUUUGAUGAAACACCUGAAGAAGCACAAAUUGCGUGCGAAGCUGAAGCUACGGGCCCUUGAAGACGACGAGCGGACCGUCUGGUCGUCAUGGAAGAAUCACUCCGAGCCGCGAUGGGCCGCCUACAACCUCGAGUCUGAGACAGCGUCUCCAUUCUCUCCAUCUUCAAACAUCGUGGGGUGUAUUGACGCCAGGGCUCCGGGCUUUGGUUCCCGACUCAUCACUCCUGGCUCCGACGGCCUGCGCAACCAUUUACCGGAUGAGUCGCAGGUAGCUGGGUCGGAGGUCGAAUUGGGUUCAUACACUGUGCGGCGGAUACUACAUGGUGUCGCGGAGGGCCAGACCGAGAUUAUAAGAGAGUCGGCCCUGCCACUGGAAUGUAAUAUGGAUAUGGGACGGGGAAUCGAUUUUCGCAAAGGCUGCUAUGUUGGCCAGGAGUUGACCAUCCGCACGCACCACACCGGUGUAGUGCGUAAGCGAAUCCUUCCCGUGCAGCUUUACACUGGGGACCUGCCCUCGGUAGAUGGCCCUGUCUAUGACCCUUCCGCAGAGCUUCCCCUACCGCCUGGUGGAUCGAAUAUCAACAAGGCUGGUGGCCGCCGGGGCCGUAGCGCCGGAAAGUUCUUGGAUGGCGUGGGCAAUAUUGGCCUUGCGCUGUGCCGCUUGGAAAUGAUGACCGAUAUCGCACUCACCAGCGAAGGAUCCAAAUAUACCCCCGGGAGUGAGUUUAAGGUUUCGUGGACAGCCGAGUCGGAGCAGCCGGCCGAAGUCAAAGUGCAGGCUUUCAUCCCACCCUGGACAAGAGACUUUAUUUUGGACGGUGGCGCACGGAAACCCGCUCCGCGAAAGGUUGAUAUUGAUGGCGGGAGGGCCCGAGUUCUAGUUGAACGUCUAGAAGAGGAAGAGGCGCAGCGACGAACUGAGUAG